AACCUGUUAGACCUGCUUUUCACAGCGGGUAAUUAUGGUCACUCCAGAACGUUUAUCCGCUGAAAUACGGGUGCGAGGUGAGCCACCAUUUGCACGGGAUGCGUCCGUUCCCUCUUUGGAUGUGGACACAGCCAUCGUUCUGCUAGGGGCCGGAGUGACAGCAGUAACACACCCGUUACUCUAUGUCAAACUCCUUAUACAGGUUGGGCACGAGCCUCUGCCUCCAGUUGUUGGCACAACAAUGUUUGGAAGGAGGGUGCUUUACUUACCCGGAUUCUUUUCUUACGCGCAUCACAUAGUGAAGGUUGAUGGGAAGAGAGGUCUGUUCAGAGGCCUGUCACCGCGGAUAAUGUCCAGCACCAUAUCCACCAUGGUGAGAGGGAGAGUCAGACAGGCCACCCCAGCAGAUGAGCAGGUGUCCGGCAGAGAGGAGGUGAAGAUUUCAUUUAGGAGAGUUCUCAGAGAGACAUCCCAUGAGAUGAUGGUCCAGUGUCUUUCCAGAGUGGCCACACACCCUUUCCAUGUGAUCUCUGUACGCUGUAUGGCUCAGUUUGUGGGAAGAGAGGACAAGUACAGGGGUGUUUUCAGUUGUAUUGUGAAGAUUUUCCAGGAGGAGGGUCCAGCAGGGUUCUUUGUCGGAGUGGUACCUCACGUCCUGGGUGAAAUAAUUUUUUUAUGGUGCUGCAACCUUUUGGCUCAUUUUAUCAACACCUACGCCGUCGACGACAAUUUCAGCCAAGCCCCUGCCGUGAGAAGCUACACCAAGUUCCUGAUGGGAAUUGGAGUCAGUGUGUUGACAUACCCGUUCAUGCUGGUGGCUGAUUUGAUGGCUGUAAACAACUGUGGUUUGGCUGCCGGUCUCCCACCAAACUCUCCCAUCUUCCAGUCCUGGCUUCACUGCUGGAGUUACCUGAGCCAACAGGGGCAGCUCUUCCGAGGAUCCAGUUUCUUCUUCCGCCGCGUGCCUGUGACGGCUGUGAGUGUGGAGUGACCCCGUGACCCCUGACCUCUGACCUUCAGCACUGUCCUCCCUGCGUUGUCUCAUAGAGCCUCAGUAUGAGGGCCCCUAUCGCCUCAAGUUCCUGUCAGUCAAACUC